UUUCAACUGUUAUAAGUUAAAUUAGGGUUUGAUGAACCUUUUACUGACCAUUCGGUAAUACUACUUUAGAUCAUCGCGUGAUGUGGAGACAACUUUUCAUAAACGUAAUCGUAAUAAGAUAAAAUGCUGAGAACAUGACGGCCUUAACAAAUUACCUGUUCAACUUACGAUCAUUUGAAUGUUUGCUUUUAAUAAUUCUUCAACUUCUAAAAACGUCAUCACAAACUCAUAUGCCAGACACCUAUAAUGACGUCUACAAACAAAAUGGUGACGUUAUUAUCGGCGUGUUAGCCGACGUUCACCAGCAAGAUGAGGAUGGUCAGUGCACUGAACUCCAAGAUCUAGGCGUUUUGCAUCGCCUUGAGGCUAUUGUAUACUCCAUAGAUAAAAUAAAUUCUCAAUUUGACAUUUUACCAAAUAUUACAAUUGGGUUUGAGAUUUAUGACACGUGCAGUGAACAGACUACAUCACUUUCUCAAGCUAUGCGUUUCGUACCACCAACUAACUUCCGCUCAGAAUUGUGCACAUCCACAUCGCAAACGAAUACUUCCGACGUCGUGUCCGUCAUCGGAACAGAGUGGAGUGCGACUGCGAUGUCUGCUGCUAUGAUGUAUGGUAUUAUUCACCUGCCUAUGGUGAGUUACUUUGCUACAAGUGACGAUCUUACUGACACAAAUCGUUUUCCAUAUUUUUUGCGAGUUGUUCCACCUGACCGAUUUCAAGUGCAGGCAAUUGUUGACUUGUUGUUGUAUUUCGAAUGGCGCUACAUUUCUGUCCUGUAUUCUGAUGACACUUAUGGUCGUAAUGCUAUUAAGAAUUUAAUCAAAGAAAUAUCGCAGAAUCCGGAUGGAACUAUUUGUAUUGCUAACAACAUUGAGAUCAGUGACAAUGCGGUUUUGCCAGGCGAUUUUGAAAAUGUUAUACAUACCUUGAAAUUUAAUGACAACUCCAAGGUUUUGAUUUUGAUUCUGCGUGAAGACCAAGCCAACGGUAUGCUUGGCGCUCUACGAGAAGCAGACUUGGUUGGACAAUAUCAGAUAAUUGGAAGUGAUAGCUGGGGAGCGAGUAUAUAUGAAAUCAGAGAGGAGAACUUGGGCGUAGCAAAAGGAUCACUAAAAACCCAUCUUCAUACGAUGAAAGUGGGGAAAUUUGAAGAGUUUUUCAAAUCCCUGACUCCCGAAACAAACAAGAAUCCUUGGUUUCCGGAAUACUGGGACGCUUACCUAUCAAGUGACACUUGCAAAAACGACACAAACUCGAGAAACGCCACUCAAUGUACCGAUGCAUAUCCCGAGGAUUUUAGUAAAGGAAGCGCUGUUUCACUUGUCAUAGACGCAGUGAAAAUAGUUGCACUCGCCCUCGACGCCAUGAUUAGUGAUGGCUAUUCUGGAAACCAUGGACACGUUUUGUUUGAUUAUAUGAAGAAUAUGUCGUUUCAUGGAAGUAGCGGUUGGGUCGAGUUUGAUGACCGUGGUGAUUUGCAAGGUAUAUACGACAUAGAGACCAUCCAAUCAGUGGGCAACGGUUACCAUAUUAGGAAGGUUGGCACAUGGAAUAGCAUGUCCACAAACAGGCUGCAGAUAAACCAGUCUAAAAUGGUUUGGUUUGUGAAUGGUAGCGAGAGUGAUAGUCCUGUAGUAUCAGUGUGCAGCCUACCCUGCAAAGCCGGUCACAUUCGUAUCGAGAUUGAUGACUGCUGUUGGACCUGUGUCAACUGCUCCGAUAACCAAAUACCUAUAAAUACAGAAUGUCAUACGUGUCUAGAAAACGAAACGACAGAUUGGAACCGAUCGACUUGUGUACACUUUGAGCCUAUAUACAUGCACUGGAGUAAUGCGUGGGCUAUUGGACUCUCGGUAAUGGCCUCAGUCGGGUUGGGCGUCUCUACAUACGUCCUGGUUAUGUUUAUCAAAUAUAAUAGACACAAGUUGAUCAAAGCAUCAAGCCGAGAACUAAGUGGUAUCAUGCUAUUUGGAGUAUUCAUGUCGUUCAGCCUCGUUUUCAGUAUUAUCUCCAAACCGACAAAGGCCACAUGCUUGGUUAAUCGAAUAGGUUUUAUGCUCUGUUUUACGUUUACGUACGCACCUUUACUUGUUCGAGUCAAUCGAAUUUAUCGUAUCUUUAGGGCUGGGAAGACAUCUACAAAGAGACCGAUUUUCAUUAGUCCUCGGUCACAGAUAGUGAUGGCGAGUGUGCUAAUUGCUAUUCAGUUGCUAAUCAACGGAAUAUAUCUCUUAAUAAUCAGUGCUGACACUGACAUCGUUGUCGUCCAAGCACACGUGAGGACAGUGCUCGUUUGCAAAAUUGCGUUUAUCGAACUCGUAGGCUCGUUGUCUUAUAACCUUUUUCUUAUAAUAUGCUGUACAUUUUAUGCGUUUGUAUCGCGUAAAGUGCCUAAUAACUAUAACGAGUCGCGUUUCAUCAAUAUGAGCGUGUACACGACUCUAAUAAUAUGGCUUGGCUUUAUUCCGAGUUAUUUUCUCGUUGGUGACAUUUUACUUAGGGUCAGUGUCAUGUCCCUAGCGAUGAUAAUCAGUGCCUUCGUGACGCUCUUUUUUAUGUUCAUACCAAAAAUAUAUGCCAUACUGUAUCUGAAUGAAGAGAAAAUAAAAGUCGGAACGUACCAGGCUGACCAAUCAACAGAAAAGAAAAUAGCGACGACACAUUUUCCAUGCAACCAGCAAGAACCCAGCAGGAACAAAAUUGCGCCUUUAAAGAGUAGGGCGUCCUCUUUAAUCUAAAUUCACGAGACACCGUUGUAUGGUGAUUACAAAACACUUUUAAAAGAAAGAUGACAGAGUAUUAUCAAUUCUCCUGAGCGUUACAAAAACUACAACAAAACGAUGACGACAACGAUAGAGAUGAUGAUAGUGGUGAUGAUUAUUACGAAAAACGUCAAUAUAAAAGUUGAAUUACCAAUUUAUUAAUAUUACAAAUAUGGACGGUAGAAAAACCCUGUGCAAAAUCAUAGGCUCCUGACAUAUUGUUAUUUAUUUAUUUACUUACUUACUUACUUGCUUGAUUGCUUAUUUAUUUAUUUAUUGUUGAACAUAUUUAUACAGGAUGAAACAUGUGUAGCUGUUACGUUGAAACCUGUUUUACAUAGGUCCUAUUACUACCUGUUAAUCUUUACUACUAUUAACUGUAAGACUUAACUACAAACAUGGUAAAAACUAGAAAAGAAUACAACAUCAAACUUUGUUAAAAUACAAUCGUAAACGUUGACUAAAUUACAUAAAAUCACUAGAUAAUUUAAAUAAUAAAUACACACGUAAGGUAUUAAUGAUUAAACCC